CCGUAUUUCAGUCAAUGCGUUGUUUUUUAUAUAACCUUCAAAGAUGGCAGCCCCCAUAGGAAUCAUGCUGAGGUCUUAUGCACCGAGCUAUGGGCUAUUGCUUUCGAAAAACAUUUGUCCGGUCGUGACUCAAAGCAGGUCAUUAUUCUGGCGGAAGAAGAAGACAGAGGAUGAGGAAGGAAAAGUUAGAAAACGAGUGAAUUUGGAUGGUCCAACUACCUCUGACCGAGUCCAGUCACUGAAAAAGAAAACGUCAGUGAGGACAAACAAAGCAUACGACCCUCCCGCUGACCUGGAAGGGAGGUUGGAGCAACUUGUUACUCAGGUGUGUGGGGACAGUGUUGGAGAGUGGAGGCAGGUCGACCUGGCUGACAGGAGGGUCAAGUUCAAGCUGCUGACACGGCUGAUGAGGGACCUGGAUCACGACAUCCCCAACCUGGCGCUGGAUGGGAUGAAGACGAUGGACGAUGUCCUCACCUACUUCUCCACUCCUGUCAACACCGCUGCAUAUGACGACCUCGCGAAGCUCGACUUGCCCAAAAACUUGCACAUUCAGAUGGAACCUUUACGAUUUGACAAAGACACAGAUACAAUGUUUGGUGGAAAGACUGCCUUCCCCCAUAGGCCAACGAUUGUGUCCAGUUUACGAUACAAGCACAAGUAUGGGAAGGAGAAGAACUAGUCAUGUGAUGUGUGUUGAUUGUGUAUUUUAUUGUGUGAUGUCAGAGAGGAAGAUAUUAGUGCUAGAAGGUCAAGGCCAGCUAUUGGACGACAUAAACACAUUGGUAUCCAAGUUUUUCAGGAUGGCUGAAAUUCUGUGA